UUGACAAAUAUCGGGGGAGGAGCACUGCGGCGUAAGUAGAGCUUUGUUCAGUCUGGAAUAUGUCCUGCACUAUUUACACCAUAUUAACUACACAGUUAAAUGUCUUUUUACAUUGUGUUUAGUAGCUGUUGCAGUCACUGUCUUCACUAGAGCAGCACAAAGGAAAGUGCUUCGUUAAACAUCUGUACGAACCGCUGGGGCCGAGUGGUUAUGUAGCAGAAAGAUCCGUGUCAAGUCAACACAACGACACAGUUGAUUUCCGGUGAAAUUUACAAAUUAAAAUAUCUUCUUACUCACGCAUCCAAAUUUUUCCGAGUUACGUGGCUAAAAUUAACAAUACAAAAAUACAUCUAGAGAUUCUUUUUGUAAUGCAAACGAAAUCGCUCCCUCACAACACCGCUGUGCUUCGCCCAGACGAACGACCGCGCAGUUUCUUCUUCAGUAUUUUUAAAAGCAGAAUCGGUCGUUUCCGUUUCCACCCGCACUAACGUUCGCAGCUUGCUCAGCACCCACAGCUAGCUACCGCCAACCUUUACUAACAUCGUUCCAGCUUUAUUCUCCUGUUUUCACGCUUAUUACUGUUCAAUGUCUUAACGGUAGUCAGCAUUGUGUGGUUUCGAGCAAAGUUUCGCCUCGUUUCUCUGUCAAACUUAUGAACUUGUCUGACAGUCUGGCUGUGGGCGCGAGUGAAGGCGGUCUCCUCGUCCAACACCUUCGCUAGAAAUGAAGAGCCAACAGAAAAGCCCCGAACCAGACGGGAGUGUUGCCGUCAACGAGGAAGGGUCCGUAGCCACAGCAGAGGAUCCAGCAGCCAUUGCCACCAUCCAGUCUGCUGCCACCUUCACCGACCAGCCCAUCAAAUAUCUCUUCAAGACAGAAGGAGCAGGAGGGCAGGUGACCUACAGAGUGAUCCAGGUGUCAGAUGGCCAGUUGGAGGGUCAGACAGAUGGAGCUGCAGCAGUUAGCCUGGUCGCUGGCUUCCCUGCCACCACCCAGGCUGUCACACAGGCCGUCUUUUCCCAGUCGGAGGGGUUGGAGGGAGACGGCAGCACUGAGACGCAGUACACCUACUACCCAGCCACCAUAGCAGACGCCACCACCGGCACCAUGGUGACCACAGUGCAAGCGUCUGACACUCUGCUGGGCCAGACCACUCCCACAGGUCAGCUUUAUGUUAUGAUGUCACCCCAGGAGGUUUUGACAGGAUCAAAUCAGCGGACAAUCGCACCUCGCACUCAGCCAUACAUCGCAAAGCAGGAGGCUCCUCGGGCCUCGAGAGAUGAGAAACGGCGAGCCCAGCACAACGAAGUUGAGCGCAGACGCAGGGACAAGAUCAACAACUGGAUUGUGCAGCUUUCAAAGGCCAUCCCAGACUGUAACGUUGACUACACCAAGACAGGACAGAGUAAAGGGGGGAUCUUGUCCAAAGCCUGCGAGUACAUCAAGGAGCUUCGACAGAGCAACCUGAAGCUGGGGGAAGAUAUCAGUGUUCUGGAUCGUCUCAGGAUUGACAACCAGCUGCUCAGACAGGAGGUGGAAGACUGGAAGUCCAAGAAUCAGAUCCUGAGAAAUCUUUUGCGACAGCAUGGCAUUGUGGGAUCAUCCAGCACAGACCCCCAGUAGAAGCCUGUUGCCGACGGGUAUUUGAAGACAACCACACAUGGGCCAAAAGAGUACUUGAAAUGCGUUUAGAUACUUUAUAUGUGAUCGAGCGUGCAUGAAAUAGGGGAAAUAACUGAAUAUUGUAAUGAAUAUUCAAAUCCAACGUUGUUUUUGAAGCUUUUUACAACAUUGAAAUCUUUUACAUAGUAUUUACAAUACAAUCAUUACGUAAAGACGAAAGAUCUGCUUCACAAGUCCCGCUGAUUUAGCAAAGCCCUCAUUGAAUGCCUCCCUCAACAAACAUGAUUGUUAGUAAGCCUCCAGUGCAGUAAGCUUCAGAACAUGACCAGCUUCUCGUGUCCAGUUUCUUUUCCUAACCUCCGAGCUGUGUAAUACGAAGCAAGAUUAAUGGCCAGAAUUUUCCCUGUCAUGAAUGUGGCUCUGUAUUCACCUGUUAAAUCACCAUGGUAACUGAUGCUACACUCAGCCGGUCAUGGAGGAGGCUCUGUUUAGAGUUUGGGAUUGAAAUUGACUGUAAGAAGCAUCAGUUGUUUUUCUCCUGAUUCUCUCUGAGUGAUACAGAUUCUUGUAUCAGCAAAUCCGCUGAGCUGUAAAUCAGUGAACGAAGCCCUGCAGUUCUAGUGUCGCACAAUGUGUUGUUGUGUUGCUGCGUAUGUGCGCUACAUGCAUUCAAGUGAUGCAGAAAAUGCAUAAAUACAUUUUUAUUUUUGACCCUAAUUUGCUGCCCAGUCCGUUUCACACUGAUGGUACUGCAGCUAAUAGACAACAGACUAGAAAAAUAAUGAGCUUAUUUACAAAGAAAAUUCAGUAAAGUAAAACUGAUUUCACUUUUUUUUAACCUAAAACUAGUGAUCCUUCUUCAUGGGACAGUGUCAGACCUAAACGCACUUGUCGAAUAUCGUGUUUAAAUGAAUGCUAAUGUGCAGUUGUAUGUUAGAAAGAAACAGCUGCAUUGAUCGGUAGAGUAAAUGUAUUAACUUAAACGAUUAACAAUUUUUUUUUACCCACAUUCCUCUCGUGCAUCAUUUGCAGUGACGGUGCUUUUUUAUCGUGAUGCAUUUUUCUACUCCUCAUAGCUCUUCAUUAUGACUCAAGUUAUAACCUCUGAAUUAGGUAGGUGGCACAUCAUUGGUCCAUUUCGUGUGGGGGGGAAAAAAAAGAGACCGUGAAGAAAGCCUGGGUCAGCAUAGAAAGCUGAUUAUGAUCUCCAUUAUCUCUUUGCCGGCUUACACAAAGAAAUUCUGUUUUUUGUCAAACUUGCUUCGUAGCACAGCCCUCUGCAGUCAUUUCUGUAUCAAAAGCACUCUUCUUAAUGUCUCCAAACGUCGUAUUCCUUCAGUCUAUCUGUUGACCAGUUGAUACCAAGUUUGUCAUCCAGUUCAUAGUCCAGCUUUUAUUUUGUUUUUUUUCGCUUUGUAUUUUUCUAUGUUACAUGAAGCCUCAUUGGGGACAAUAAUUACAUUGCAACAAUGUAACUAACUAAGUAAGCAGGAGGUGGUGAGCAUGGCAUUGUAGGUAGGCUAUGUAUGUCUUUAUAAUAAAAAAUAUCAAAUAAUAUACUAUAUGUCAUAAACCACUUCCAGUUGUGUUUAUUAAAGUUGAUAAAUUGGUUAAA